AUGCAGUCCCCCAGGAAAUUGGAUUUAUCCCGGAAAUCACGACCUCUCGGCAACACAUCUCGACUUUCAGAACUACUCGUUAACCACUCGAUAAGUGAAAUUUCGAGCACACUCAGACGAUGGAAAACAUGGCUCGCAAAGACUGAUGAUGAUGGUCCUGCACAGGAUGAGGGAGACCUCUCCGAAGAGGAACCUACUCCCCUUACCCCACCAGACUCACCAUCGAGAUCCUACUACCAGCCAUACCUUCUGCACGGCAAGGGCCCUUGUAUGAUGAGGACCCCAAGAACUACUAUAUCUCCUAAGGACCCCAAGAACUACUAUAUCUCCUAUUUACCACUUGGACCCAGCUGCUCAGACCUCCUUAGCAGUAGGGAUGCUACUGAUCUACCACCACUGUUUGAGGUUGGUGAAUCUUCACGAGCACCACUUAGGUUUAAUCCUGAGGAUGAUCCGAUACCUCGCUUGAUGACUCAGACUGAUCAGACCGAGGAUAGGAUCAGAUCCUUGGAGCAGUUUAUGAGAGGUCCAGGCUUUACUUCCCUCGACCAUCGAGUUGAGACACUCAUGGAAGAGGAGAAGGAGAAUUAUGAUGCGAUCCAGAUAUUAUAUCAUCUCUCGGGUGCUGAUCACGAUGCAGUGAAUGUCUUGAGUGCUCAGGUUAGAGCAUAG